AUGACGCGUCAAAGUGUGGCCAUAAUGCUGGCAGCGCUACCAAAUGCGGAAUCGAAGGCACACGAAUUCAACGCAGUAGCGAGUUGAGAGAAUGAAAAGCUAUAUAUAAAACCAACCUAGGUAUCAGAGUGGAUUAAAGUUGCUUUCGAUCAACUCCUCAUAUGGCAAAUCGCGACAAAAAUAAAAAGACUCUUCUGGAAUUGGCGAAGCUGCCGGAUAACAGUUGCUGUGCAGACUGUGGCGCCUCCGACCCAGACUGGGCAUCGUAUAAUCUUGGUGUAUUUAUUUGUCUGAUUUGCUCUGGAACUCAUCGCAAUCUCUCAAGUAUAAGUCGCGUCAAAUCCAUACGUUUAGACUUCUGGGAUGAUGAACUUGUGCAGUUUAUGAAAUUAAAUGGAAACGGAGCUGCAAAAGACUUAUAUGAGAAAUUCGUCCCUGUAUUUUAUUAUCGACCACAGCAACAUGACUGUGAGGUGCUGAGAGAACAAUGGAUCAGAGCAAAGUAUGAAAGACUGGAAUUUAAAGAGGACAAUAAGCUGAGAUCUUAUUCAUCAGGCCUAUAUGAAGGCUUGCUAUGGAAGAAAGGGAAGGACAAUGGACAGUUUCUCAAGAGGAAGUUUGUUCUAUCAGAGAAGGAUUUCAGCUUGAAAUACUACAAGAAGGAUGAAUCUAAAGGAGCAAAGGCCAUUAUAUCUAUAAAGAAUCUGAAUGCAACAUUUCAGCCUGAGAAGAUUGGACAUGCUAAUGGACUUCAAAUAACAUACUUAGUGGAUGACCACACCCGGAACCUCUUUGUUUACCAUGAAAGUGGUCAGGAAAUUGUAAAUUGGUUCAAUGCUAUUAGGGCAACACGUUUUGUUUACCUGAAGACAGCAUUUCCUACAGCUACUGAUGAUGAGUUGAUACCAUGGACAACCAGAAACUACCUUAAAGAGGGUUUUAUGGAGAAGACGGGCCCUUUGCAACGAGAGCCAUUUAAGAAGAGAUGGUUCAUUUUGGAUGCCCUGGACAGAAAACUACUCUAUUUUAAAACUCAGAUGGAUGCUGUGGAGCUUGGGGUCAUUUUCAUUGGAACAGAGCAUCAUGGGUACUCGGUGAAUGAGUGCAUGCCCAAGGGGGCCAGAGGAAACAAAUGGAAGUGUGGGUUGGCAGUGGGGACUCCCAACCGGCAGUUCAUCUUUAUGUGUGAGCAGGAGCGUGAGCGGAAGGAGUGGGUGGACGCUCUGAGGCAUGUCAUCUCAAAACCCAUGCUGCCCCAGGAUUAUGCCACAGAGGCCAAUAUCCGCAGGCGAAGAUGAUUCUGUUAGGUCAUAAAGGACCAAGGACUGGUAUCUCUGAUAAGUGGACCCCAUCACCAGUAGACAUACAAUGACACCACAUUUCAGGCCUUCAGGAUCAUAGCAAACUCUGAAAUGUACCAACUGAAUGUUACAACAUUCAUGGAAGAAUUGUUUCAGAGCUUUGCUUGAAAGUAUGUGGGAACCAUGGAAGGCCACAGCUUUGCACAAUGUUCUGUUUUCCUUCCUACAGCACAGCUCAAGGUAUGGCACAAGGUACUUAUGGCACAAGGUACAAGGUACAAGGUAUGGUUAAGGUACUUGACUAGAAAUCAGAAGGUUGCCAGUUCAAGCCCCACUACUGCUGAGUUGCCACUGUUGGGCC